UCCCUGGUAUCAUGCCACGUACACUUGAUCAUAUCAAGAUGAACCUCCGAGUCUACCGUAACUUAAAUACCGAAAAGCUAGCACGUCCCGUCAACAAACAGUAGGAAAGACGAUCCCCGCACCUUCUAUACCCCAGUCGCGAACUGGGAGAUUCUUUUAACAACAUGGGUAUACCCACAGUUUCAACCUUCGUUGACGGUGUCAUGAUCCGCCCCAUCAUCGUGGCGGUAAACAGCCUUGUGCUCUCUUCUCUCAUGUCGUUCGUGAUCGCUGGACGGCUUGACUGGAGGCCGAUCGCAGUAUGCACGACAUCCGACAUCCUUGCUGUUGGUGUUGACCACUUGAAGGAUAAAGAAGACGACAUUCGCGCUGGCGGUGCGGCUGUCGUGAAGCGCUUCGCCCCUCUGGCUUAUGUUGCCCGUAUUUUUCUGGCGUUGAAUGCAUUGCUGCUCGUGAUCGCUUUAUCUCAAUGUCCACCAAAAAUGUCAAUCAUCACUGUAAUUUUUACUGCGCCUGCUUUUCUGUGGGCAACGCCGCUCCAACCUCGGCGGAUUGGUGGACUAAUCAAGAAAUUCAUAUUUGCGAAGCAUGAUAAAGACAGGGAAAGUGCUUCACCGAUAUCUAGCAAACCAUUCAUCAUCAAACGAGUUCCUGGCAUGAAGGCUAUAUUCAACGGCAUCAUCCGAGGUUGUGGGAUAUUCUUCGUCGUUCAAUCAGCGCUGCAGUUCUCGCAAAAGUCAAACCAGGAUACAUCUCCAUGGACGAUCAUGGGAACUGUCAUCUGGUCGACGGUCAAUCGCACUUGUCAUUCUAUAAUGACGGACGUGCGUGACUUUGACGACGACUUCAAAGCUGGAGUUCCGACCAUACCCGUCCUUCUCGGGUCCCCAUUUAAAACUCGGAUACUCUUGACUAUCGUUCAAACAGCCAUCAUGAUGGCCUAUCUCGGAAACCCAUACAUUUUGACGAGUUCCUGUUUUGCGAUCGCUCUGGCUUGGAUCCUAGGGAAAGAUUCCCCGAAGGUGUCCUUCUUCCUCAGUAUCCACUCGCAGUCGAUGUUCAUUGUCAUGUACGCUGUCGUACAAAGUGGUUUUCUUUUAAUUUAGAUCAUUGCUAUACAUAGGGUCGCAUCUCUCUUCG